GUCACCGGUCAGAGCAGAGGAUCCACUCCGGAGGAGGACCAGUCCGAGGCAGAGGCUGAUCCGAAGAUGUGAAGACAAACCCGGCAUUUCCCCAGCAGCUUCUCUCCACUUUCCUCCGGGGGAAAAUCAUUUUUUAUACAUGCAUUUUGCAGCUUUCUCUUUUAUUUUAUUUUUGCAUUUGUGAGCGCUCGCCAUGGCAGUUCAGUUCGCAUCCGGGCCACAAUGCCUUGACUCCAUUAUUGUCUAAAACUGGCUGAGAGGUUGAUAAACCUUGAUAUUAUAAUUUUUAUUUUUUACAGUUAAUUUUUUUUGUAUUACGUGAAGUGAAGGCUGGAACCAAGAGGACAUGUCUAACCAAGGAGUCCGGCGGAAUGGCCCUGUGAAGCUGCGACUAACAGUCCUCUGCGCCAAAAACCUGGUGAAGAAGGACUUCUUCCGCCUCCCUGAUCCCUUUGCUAAGGUCGUUGUGGACGGCUCGGGGCAAUGCCACUCCACGGACACAGUGAGGAACACACUCGACCCCAAGUGGAACCAGCACUACGACCUAUACAUCGGAAAAUCAGAUUCCAUCACCAUCAGCGUGUGGAACCACAAGAAGAUCCACAAGAAGCAAGGAGCCGGGUUCCUGGGCUGCGUCCGCCUGCUUUCCAACGCCAUCAACCGCCUCAAAGACACGGGCUAUCAGAGACUAGAUCUGAACAAGCUGAGUCCCAGCGACAGCGACACGGUCAGAGGGCAGAUAGUGGUCAGCCUGCAGUCCAGGGACCGGAUCAGCUCCGGCGGCCCGCUGGUGGACUGCAGCCAGCUGUUCGACAACGAUCUCCCAGACGGCUGGGAGGAGAGGAGGACGGCGUCAGGGAGGAUCCAGUAUCUGAACCACAUCACACGCACCACGCAGUGGGAGAGGCCCACCAGGCCGGCGUCAGAGUACUCGAGCCCCGGCCGGCCUCUCAGCUGCAUCGUGGAUGAAAACACGCCGGUCACCACCAACGGGGCGACGCCCACCACGAUCCCGCAGCCAAUCAACGGGGAGCAGCGAGCCCAGGAGAGGCGGGUCCGAUCUCAGAGGCACCGCAACUACAUGAGCAGAACCCACCUGCACACCCCCCCCGACCUCCCCGAGGGAUACGAGCAGAGGACCACGCAGCAGGGUCAGGUGUACUUCCUGCACACGCAGACGGGCGUCAGCACGUGGCACGACCCCCGAGUCCCACGAGACCUGAGUAAUGUGAACUGUGAGGAGCUGGGUCCUCUCCCUCCUGGAUGGGAGAUACGAAACACAGCCACCGGGAGGGUCUACUUUGUCGACCACAACAACCGAACCACGCAGUUCACUGACCCGCGCCUCUCCGCCAACCUGCACCUAGUCCUAAAUCCGAGCCCGAGCCCCAACGGUUCUCGAGGGGCCAUCGAGAGUCAGAAUGUCAGUCGUCAGAACCAUCUCAAGGACCAGGUCCAGCAGGUUCCGGUUUCGCCCGCCCAGCUGCCCGAGGAGAACGAGUGCCUCACGGUGCCGAAGUACAAGAGAGACCUGGUCCAGAAGCUGAAGAUCCUGCGGCAGGAGCUGUCCCAGCAGCAGCCGCAGGCCGGACACUGCCGCAUCGAGGUGUCCCGCGAGGAGAUCUUUGAGGAGUCGUAUCGCCAGGUGAUGAAGAUGAGGCCGAAGGACUUGUGGAAAAGGCUAAUGGUGAAGUUCAGAGCAGAGGAGGGGCUGGAUUACGGAGGAGUGGCCAGGGAGUGGCUGUACCUGCUGUCUCAUGAGAUGCUGAACCCGUACUACGGACUCUUCCAGUAUUCACGAGAUGACAUCUACACUCUGCAGAUCAACCCCGACUCCGCCGUCAACCCUGAGCAUCUGUCGUACUUCCACUUCGUGGGGCGGAUCAUGGGCAUGGCGGUGUUUCACGGUCACUACAUCGACGGGGGCUUCACGCUGCCGUUCUACAAACAGCUGCUGGGGAAACCCAUCACUCUGGACGACAUGGAGUCUGUGGACCCCGACCUGCACAACAGCCUGGUGUGGAUCCUGGACAACGACAUCACGGGGGUGCUGGACCACACGUUCUGCGUGGAGCACAAUGCGUACGGAGAGAUGAUCCAGCACGAGCUGAAGCCCAGCGGGAAGAGCCUCCCCGUCACGCAGGACUCCAAGAAGGAGUACGUGAGGCUGUACGUCAGCUGGCGCUUCCUGCGAGGCAUCGAGGCUCAGUUCCUCGCGCUGCAGAAGGGCUUCAACGAGGUCAUCCCCCAACACCUGCUGAAGGCCUUCGACGAGAAGGAGCUCGAGCUGAUAGUUUGCGGUCUGGGUAAGAUCGACAUCGCUGACUGGAGGACCAACACGCGUCUGAAGCACUGCACGCUGGACAGCAACAUCGUGAAGUGGUUCUGGAAAGCCGUGGAGACGUUUGACGAAGAGCGGAGAGCCCGGCUGCUGCAGUUCGUCACGGGGUCCUCCAGAGUCCCCCUGCAGGGGUUCAAGGCCCUGCAAGGUGCUGCCGGGCCGCGGCUCUUCACCAUCCAUCAGAUCGAUGCCAGCCCCAACAACCUGCCCAAAGCCCACACCUGUUUUAACCGGAUUGACAUUCCUCCAUACGAGCUUUACGACAAACUGUACGACAAGCUGCUCACUGCCAUCGAGGAGACGUGUGGCUUCGCUGUGGAGUAACAGAUCCUCUCUGCAGGAGCUCAGAGACGACCGAGGAUCCGCUGCGUCUUCACUAUGUCUUUUUCUAUCAUUGAAAAGAAUCUCUUCAGCUGCUAAUAACUCAAGACUCUUUACUAACUCGUGGAACCUGCAAGAAGCUGCUGGCUCUUCCCUUUUUUAUAUUUUACAAACUGUACUCCAUGUAGCAACGCUCCAUCUUUCCAAGCAGAACACAAAGUCAGUCCUCCUUGAAAUGACAUUAACUACAAAGUGUGUUUGCUAGGGUUAAUACAGAGGUGCAGGGAUGAUGUAUUUCUGUUAAAAGACCCUGAAGGCAGCAUCUCCCUGGUCCAAUGGGUUCUCUCCAUGUGAUUUUGGAUUGUUGCAGGAAAUAAUCUUAGUGUUUAUGAUGCUUACACGUUUAGUUCAGCAGGAUAAUCUCCACAUAUUAACUCCACUUUAUGAUCGCUGAAGUAAAAAGCUAACAUUCGGCUAUAAAGGAACUACAGCACGGUCACAUGACUUCACGUGACCACCGCUAAGCUAAAGGUGGCUAAUGUUGGGCUAUAAAGGAACUACAGCACGGUCACAUGACUUCACGU